UAGAAGUUAUUUGUGUUAUUACCUGUUUAUUAUUAUUUAAUAAUUAUACACAUUUAGAAAUGCAGCCUUCCCAAAUCUUUGGGAAGCGUAUUUUACAAGUGGCAACUGCUUAAUGCUUAGAUGUAAAUAAUAGCAUCUUUCACAAAGGAAAUCAGAUAUUUCUCUUCCACUGAUAGAGGGAGUCUGGCAUGCUGUUUGAUAGAGGGGAACAUAGGCCUCAAAUCUGGACAAUCUAGAAAAUCCGGGACUCAAUAUUUCACAGCUAUGUGAAAUAAGUAAUCAAAACUCUGAGCUUCAGUGUCCCCAUAGGAAAAUAUUUAUCAUAAUGUCUAUCAUGUAUCAUUUAGAGAAUAGGGUAAUAGGUAUAAAUUAUUUGGCACAAUGGUUACCUAGAAUAUGAGAAGCAUUUAAUAAAUUACAGCACUGCAUUUUUCCAAAGGUUAUUGUAAUUUCUUCAAACACAAAGAUGGUACUAAUGAUCUAUCACCAGAUUCACCCUCACACAGGGCUGGGGACUCUUUGGGGCAGAGAACAGGCAUUUACAGAAUGGCUGGCCAUGUAGGGAGUGUUAUGUGUGAUCAGGAAACAGAUUAAACUGGCUGGCCUACAAGAGAUUCAACAUUUUGACCCUGGCCUCUUUAUUAUUGUUCGUAACUUACAAAGUUACCUAGUCUCAGACUCAGUGAAAAGUCACUCAACUAUUAAUUUAUAUAGUACAGCAUUUUUGCAAUAUGCUUUAUGCAUAUUAAAUCACAUGAUGGAAAAUGUGCUUGAAAAUGUGGCUACAUCAGCAUAACACAUGAGAAGGUUAAAUUUAGCAGUUCACAUUGCCAGACUUGGCCACCUCUUUGACCCAUGAUAUAAUUUAAGCCAAGCUUACUUUAGACUUUGAAAAGUAUCAACUAAUUGUGCAUGUCAAAGCAGGUUCUUGAAAAAGAGAAAGAACUAACUUUCCCCUAUUUGAGAGAAGAGAGAGGGAAGGGCAAAGCAGAGUCUCUGGAGAUAUGUGUGUAAGUUUGCUUGUGGCUAAAAGUUAAUGAUCAGUUGCCUCUGUUCUUAGCCCUGAGCCGGGAGAAAAGUGUCAAACGUGGGUUCUCUCUCUAUUCAGAUUUUUUUAUCAUCAUGUGCUUGCAGCAGAGAGGUUACAUUCACAUGUGAAUUUACAGCAACAUGUUGAUUCUUUGGCUGACUUUCGACUAAAGAUAAUCCAAAAUCUACUCUACCUCUCUUCAUUUGUAAUACCUUCAAAUAUCACACUUCAAGGUUUAGUGACUAGGCCUAAAGAUUUCACAUAUAAUCCAAAGAAAUCUGUUCAAGUGGACAUCUAUCAACAGAUUACUUGAAUUUUCAUUAGAGGAGCAGAAAUGCCACCAAUGCCAAGUACCCCACCUCUGCAUCCACCUCCAGAUGGAGGAUGGGGCUGGGUUGUGGUUGGAGCAGCUUUUAUCUCCAUUGGAUUUUCAUAUGCAUUCCCUAAAGCCGUCACCGUAUUCUUCAAAGAAAUUCAGCAAAUAUUCCACACUACCUACAGUGAAAUAGCAUGGAUAUCAUCCAUUAUGCUGGCUGUUAUGUACGCAGGAGGUCCUAUAAGUAGUGUUUUGGUGAAUAAAUACGGCAGCCGGCCAGUGGUGAUAGCAGGAGGCUUAUUAUGCUGUCUUGGAAUGGUGUUGGCCUCCUUCAGUAGCAGCGUGAUCGAGCUGUACCUCACUGUGGGAUUCAUUACAGGUUUAGGUUUAGCCUUCAACCUGCAACCCGCCUUAACAAUAAUUGGCAAAUACUUCUAUAGGAAGCGACCCAUGGCAAAUGGAUUGGCCAUGGCAGGAAGUCCUGUUUUCUUAAGUUCAUUGGCUCCUUUCAAUCAGUACCUUUUUAAUACUUUUGGCUGGAAAGGAAGUUUCCUGAUUUUGGGAAGUCUACUUUUGAAUGCCUGUGUGGCUGGGUCCCUCAUGAGACCCCUUGGACCCAGUCAAACCACUUCUAAGUCUAAAAAUAAGACUGUCACAACAGAAGACGAUUCAGGCCAGAAGAAAAUCAAACCGAAGAAAUCAACUUGGGGAAAAGUUAAUAAGUAUUUAGAUUUCUCCCUUUUUAAGCAUAGAGGAUUUCUGAUAUAUCUGUCUGGAAAUGUCAUUAUGUUCCUAGGUUUUUUUGCCCCCAUUAUAUUCUUGGCUCCAUAUGCUAAAGACCAGGGAAUUGAUGAGUACUCGGCAGCUUUUCUGCUAUCUAUUAUGGCUUUUGUUGAUAUGUUUGCUAGGCCUUCUGUAGGAUUAAUUGCAAACUCCAAACAUAUUCGACCUCGAAUUCAGUACUUCUUCAGUUUUGCAAUCAUGUUCAAUGGAGUGUGUCAUCUCUUGUGCCCGCUGGCACAGGACUACACAAGCCUGGUGUUAUAUGCUAUAUUUUUUGGCCUUGGAUUUGGGAGUGUUAGCAGUGUUCUCUUUGAAACUCUCAUGGACCUCGUGGGUGCACCAAGAUUUUCCAGUGCCGUCGGACUUGUCACAGUUGUGGAGUGUGGCCCAGUUCUUCUUGGCCCUCCUCUUGCUGGUAAAUUGGUGGAUAUAACUGGAGAUUAUAAAUACAUGUACAUGGCCUGUGGGGCUAUUGUGGUAGCAGCAAGCGUGUGGCUGCUCAUUGGCAAUGCUAUCAACUAUAGAUUGCUUGCAAAGGAAAGGAAGGAGCAAAGUGCAAGAAAGACGACCAGAGAAUCGGAACGCUUGAGCAAAUCUAAACAUUCGGAAGAUGUUAAUGUCAAAGUUUCAGAUCCACCGAGUGUAACCUCAGAAAGAGAAACUAAUAUUUAACAAGAAUCACAUCUCUGAUUUCAGUGUUUAUUGCUUUCCCUAGCAGUUUGUUUUUCAUUUUGUUUUCUUAAAGUAUUGGAAAAGUUUUUAGCUGAAAUGAGGAGUCACAAUUAAGGAUGGAGAUGAUAUUUUCCUCAAUGACAAAUUUUAAAUUAGUUUUAAAACUUAUUUGGGUAAAUUUUGAGAUUAUGCAUAGAAAGAAUCCAUGCUACAGGUUUAUUUCCAUACCUGACUCUGGAUGUGGUGGUGAAAAUACUAAUUUUAAAGUCUCCCAGUGACUUUCGGUCUUGGUUAUGUGGAAAGUUCUGAAUUUCAAACCCCUGGUUUAAGUAGUUAGGAGGAGGAUGCCUAAUCCUACAAAGUGAUCCUUAAUACAUUUCAUUUUUUUGCUUGAUAUUAAUGUAUGAGAUAGAGAUGAGAGACAAUUAAUUAUCUCCUCUUACACAAAACACAUACUCCCACAUGCUUACCCACAUGUACACAGAGUGUCUGGAGAAUAAAAAACAAAUUAAAAAGAAGUGAUGAUUUAUUUUUAAGGCAAAAAAAAAUCCAUGAAGACAAAAGAAACAUAUGUCUGUGUGCUACUUUACAAUGUUAGUUUUAAAGAUAAGCACAUGGGUAAAAAUGAGGGUGAUCCUUAUUCAAAAAUAUAUCUGACUGCUAUAAAAAUAUUUGCAUAUGUAAAUUUGACAAAGAAAAGAAAAUCAAUGUUAAACUAUUAAAUCUGAGCACUGUUAGACUUGAUUAAUCCAUGAGCAUGAUUUUUUUUUUGAGUAGGGGGCAUUUGUACCUGGUGCUAGACAAUAAAACCCUCAAAUAAUUUUUAGAAUUCUUACCUAACAUGUAAAAGUCUGCACGACUCUUAACAAUGAGCCACAUCUAUUGAUUUUACAAGGAUUUUAGUUCAUAAUCCAGCAAGUAAUAAUCAGGGAUUUUAUUUUAAACAGGCCUCAAUCCAGAUUCGCUGUUAUACUGAAA